AGUGCCAGCGGCAGCCUCGCUUCGGCGCCCGGUGCCAGCUGGCUCAUUCGCCUGGGACGGAGGCGGAGGCCUGGGGCUCCUUGCCGCUGGGGGGGGGGACUCCCCCCACGCCCCCUGCCCUCUACCCACCCAAAAGAAGCCUCUCCACCCAACGCUUAGCCCUGGCAGCGGGUCCAGCUAGGAAUUACCCUGGUCACUUCGCCUGGGGCUUCCAGCCCACACCCCUCCGGGAGCAGUCGGGGUCUCGCGGAGGGUCUCCCCCGCCCCAGCCUUUUGCUCGAGCCUGCAGGGCUGUGCACGUUUGCGAAGGAACAUGAAGGUGGGCUGGCCAGGUGAGAGCCCCUGGCGGGUGGGCCUGGCCGUGGAUGGCAGCCCAGCUCUAGGAGCGGCACAGGUGGGAGGCCUCCCGGACGUGGUGCCGGAGGGGACCCUGCUCAACAUGGUGCUGAAGAGGAUGCACCGGCCCCGAAGCUGCUCUUACCAGCUGCUGCUUGAGCACCAGCGCCCCGGCCGCAUCCAGGGGCUCCGCUGGACGCCACUCACUGACAGUGAGGAGUCCCUGGAUUUCAGCGUGAGCCUGGAGCAGGCCUCCACAGAGCGGGUGCUCAGGGCUGGGAAGCAGCUGCAUCGGCAACUCCUGGCCACCUGCCCGACCCUUAUCCGAGACCGGAAGUACCACCUUCGGCUCUAUCGGCAAUGCUGCUCCGGCCGGGAGCUGGUGGAUGGCAUCUUGGCCCUGGGCCUUGGGGUCCAUUCCCGGAGCCAAGCCGUGGGAAUCUGCCAGGUGCUGCUGGAUGAAGGUGCCCUUUGCCAUGUGAAACACGACUGGACCUUCCAGGACCGAGACACCCAGUUCUACCGUUUCCCUGGGCCGGAGCCAGAGACCGUGGGCAUCCACGAGCUGGAGGAGGAGCUGGUCGAGGCUGUGGCCCUGCUCUCCCAGCGGGGGCCCGAUGCCCUGCUCACCGUGGCACUCCGAAAGCCUCCGGGUCAGCGCACAGAUGAGGAGCUGGACCUCAUCUUUGAGGAGUUGCUACACAUCAAGGCUGUGGCCCACCUCUCCAACUCGGUGAAGCGGGAAUUAGCGGCUGUUCUGCUCUUUGAACCACACAGCAAAGCAGGGACCGUGUUGUUCAGCCAGGGAGACAAGGGCACCUCAUGGUACAUCAUCUGGAAGGGGUCUGUCAACGUGGUGACCCAUGGCAAGGGGCUGGUGACCACACUGCACGAGGGAGAUGACUUUGGACAGUUGGCGCUGGUGAAUGACGCACCCCGGGCAGCCACCAUCAUCCUACGAGAAGACAACUGUCAUUUCCUCCGCGUGGACAAGCAAGACUUCAACCGUAUCAUCAAGGAUGUGGAAGCAAAGACCAUGAGGCUAGAAGAACAUGGCAAAGUGGUGUUGGUGCUGGAGAGAGCCUCUCAGGGCGCUGGCCCUUCUCGCCCCCCAACCCCAGGCAGGAACCGGUAUACAGUGAUGUCUGGCACCCCAGAGAAGAUUCUAGAACUGCUGUUGGAGGCCAUGCGACCUGACUCCAGUGCUCACGACCCAACAGAGACCUUCCUCAGUGACUUCCUCCUGACCUACAGUGUCUUCAUGCCCAGUGCGCAGCUCUGUGCUGCCCUCCUGCACCACUUCCAUGCGGAGCCUUCAGGGGGCAGCGAGCAGGAGCACAGCACCUACAUUUGCAACAAGAGGCAGCAGAUCCUGCGGCUGGUCAGCCAGUGGGUGGCCCUCUAUGGCCCCAUGCUCCACAUGGACCCCGUGGCCACCAGCUUUCUCCAGAAACUCUCAGACCUGGUGAGCAGAGACGCCCGGCUUUGCCUCCUGCUGAGGGAGCAGUGGCCGGAGAGGCGGCGGCACCACAGGUUGGAAAAUGGCUGUGGGAAUGCAUCUCCUCAGAUGAAGGCCAGGAACGUGCCUGUUUGGCUCCCGGGCCAGGACCAGCCCCUCCCCAGCAGCAACUGUGCCAUUCGAGUUGGGGACAAAGUCCCCUAUGACAUUUGCCGGCCCGACCACUCGGUGCUGACCCUGAAGCUGCCGGUGACGGCCUCCGUGAGAGAGGUGAUGGCAGCCUUGGCCCAGGAGGAUGGCUGGACCAAGGGGCAGGUGCUGGUGAAGGUCAACUCUACAGGCCGUAGUCUUCAUUCAUUUUGUCAGUUGGCAAACAUGUUUGAGAGUCAGCUAUGGGCCAGCAAUGUGUUAGGAGCUGGAGGCACCAUGGCAGAUGCCAUUGGCCUGCAGCCAGAGGCCCGCGGUGUGGCCACAUCCCUCGGGCUCAACGAGCGGCUCUUUGUUGUCAACCCACAGGAAGUGCAUGAACUGACCCCACACCCCGAGCAGCUGGGGCCCACUGUGGGCUCCGCUGAGGGGCUGGACCUGGUGAGUGCCAAGGACCUGGCGGGCCAGCUGACGGACCACGACUGGAGCCUCUUCAACAGUAUCCACCAGGUGGAGCUGAUCCACUAUGUGCUGGGGCCCCAGCAUCUGCGGGACGUCACCACUGCCAACCUGGAGCGUUUCAUGCGCCGCUUCAACGAGCUCCAGUACUGGGUGGCCACGGAGCUGUGUCUCUGCCCCGUGCCGAGCCUGCGGGCCCAGCUGCUCAGGAAGUUCAUCAAGCUGGCUGCCCACCUCAAGGAGCAAAAAAAUCUCAAUUCCUUCUUUGCCAUCAUGUUUGGCCUCAGCAACUCGGCCAUCAGCCGCCUGGCCCACACGUGGGAGCGGCUGCCCCACAAAGUCCGGAAGCUGUACUCGGCCCUCGAGAGGUUGCUGGACCCCUCAUGGAACCACCGAGUCUAUCGACUGCUCCUCACCAAGCUCUCCCCCCCCAUCAUCCCCUUCAUGCCUCUUCUUCUCAAAG